CAGUUCUUCAUACGCGACAUCAAAGACGGUGGAACAAAAAUAAAAACUUUUUGGAAGCAGAAGUGAAUGUCUCACAACUGUACCUCCCGCCUUCUAAUGACGUCAGGAAGAAACAAAAGUCAACAGAGCUUGAUGGAAGCAUUGCUCCUUGCAAACUCAGAUGAGGGAAUGUUCUGCUGAGCAGAACACCUCGAUCAUCCAUGUUUCAAUAAUUCAUCAUAACAUCUCAAGAAUCGGAACAAAAUGAUGAGGACAUUCUGGUGGAUCGUAGCUGUCACAUGUUUACUGUUCGGAAUUGGGCACUGUUUACCAUCACGUAUCCACGUGGGUGGAAUAUUCGAAGAUGAUGACGACGAAUCUGAUUUAGCUUUCAGAAUAGCCAUUGAUUGGCUAAAUACAGAUGAAACUUUGCUCCGAAAUUCUAGAAUGAUAGCGGAGGUGGUGAAACUUGAAACAACUGACAGUAUAAAAUCAACACAGCUAAGUUGUGGUUUACUCCAGAAAGGAGUGGCUUCCCUGUUUGGUCCACAGUCCGAAAUUGGGAGCAUGCACGUGCAGUCCAUUUGUGAUGAUUUGGAAGUGCCACAUGUUGAGGCAAGAUGGGAUUACAAAGUCCAGAGAGACCAGCUGUCCGUUAAUUUGUAUCCACAUCCUUCUGUACUUACAAAUGCAUUUGUCCAUUUGGUCAAUAUUUUUCACUGGGAAGAAUUUACCAUUAUCUAUGAAGAAGAUGAUGCAAUUAUUCGACUGAAGCCUUUUCUAGAAGAAGGUGAGAAACAGAAAUGGUCUAUUCGGAUUUACCAGUUUAAAAAUUCAAAUUACAGAGAAACGUUUUGGGAAGUGAAACAGUACAGGCAAUCUAAAGGAAGAAAGUUGGAAAAACAUGAAAUAAAGGAUCACCGUAUUGUUUUGGAUGUGCCACGAAAAAAUCUCUAUACAGUUCUGAAGGCAGCUCAACAGGUGGGAAUGAUGACAGAACACCAAAAAUUCUUGAUAACAUCUUUGGAUCUACACACUAUUGAUUUGGAUGACUUUCAAUACAGUAAGACCAAUAUUACUGGCCUGAGGUUAGUCCAAGAAGAAUCCAAAGAAUUCCAAUUGCUUCUGGAAGAGGUGAAUGAAAGAUUGGUCAGACGGAGGGAACAACCACCCCUGAGGACGCUCAAGACAGAAUCAGUAUUGAUGUAUGACAGUGUGAAAAGACUUGCUUAUGCCCUUGAACAAAUGGAUAGUGCCAAAAACAUUGCAGUUUUUCCACCCAUUUCUUGUAACCUUAUGAAUAAAGGCAUAGACGGAACAAGUUUAUUCAAUUUCAUGAAAAAUGGAAAGACAACUGGACUCUCCGGACUGAUUGAAUUUGAUCCGGAAGGUUUCAGAUCAGCGGUGAGUUUGGACGUGAUGUACGUUACGCAACAAGGUCUGAAAAAGAUUGGUUAUAUUUUGCCAGACAAAGGAAUAAAUGUGACGUCGCCUGAAUCUUCUGAUUUUGAGUAUACUGAUUUGGAAAACUCGCAUUUCAAAGUUGCAACAGUCAUUGUCGAUCCCUACACAAUGUAUGCAGAGUCAUCUGAGAAGAAGGUUGGAAAUGAUCGAUAUGAAGGCUUUGCUAUGGAUUUGCUUGAAGCUCUCUCUGCGAAAUUGCGCUUCACCUACGAAGUGCACGUGGUGCAAGAGAAAAACAAGUCCAAUUACGGUUCCCAAGACGCAGUCACAAAAGAAUGGAGUGGAAUGAUUGGAAGGGUAAUGAGAGGUGAGGCUGACCUAGCAAUCGCUGAUUUUACAAUUACAACAAGCAGGCUAGCAGUAGUGGAUUUUACUCACCCAUUUAUGCAGACAGGAAUUGGAAUACUUUUCAAGAAACCCACGGAAAAGGUCACAUCCUUGUUUUCCUUUCUUUCACCGUUUUCAGGAGGUGUAUGGGUCCUUGUGAUGGCAGCUUACACAUUCAUCAGUAUCAGCUAUUUUUUGGUGGGAAGACUGAGUCCGUAUGAAUGGGCUAAUCCACACCCAUGUCGACAAAAUGAUCAAGUGGAAGAGAAUGUGUUCAGUCUUUUAAAUAGCAUGUGGUUUGCUAUUGGAUCACUUAUGCAGCAAGGAUCAGAUAUUGCUCCUACAGCCAUGUCAACUCGCGCAGUUACAAGUAUUUGGUAUUUUUUCUGUCUCAUCAUGAUAUCAUCUUAUACUGCUAAUCUUGCGUCAUUUUUAACGGUUCAAAAAUUAGUAUCUCCAAUCAAUAACGCCAAUGAGUUGGCAAACCAGGAGAAGAUUAAGUACGGCUGUCUUGAAGAUGGUUCAACGCACAGAUUUUUUAAGGAUGCUAAUUUGACUACAUAUAAAAAGAUGAAUGAGUUUAUGAAAAAACAUCACGCUGAAGUUAUGGUAAAGAGCAAUGACGAGGGCAUUCGAAAAGUAAAAGAGGGCAACUACGCAUAUUUGAUGGAAGUUACGUCAAUUGAAUAUAAAACUGAAAGAGAAUGUAAUCUUACUCAAGUUGGAAGUCCCCUGGACUCUAAAUCAUAUGGAAUCGCCAUAAAGAAAGACAGACACAAAUUAAGAGAUUGGCUCUCGAAAGGGGUUUUGAAGCUUACAGAGGAAGGAAAACUUCACACCUUCAAGGAGCGUUGGUGGAAGCAGAAAAAGGGUGGCGGAAGUUGCGUCGUCAGCAGUUCCGGUUCUGUAACUGAACUUGGUCUGGGAAAUGUAGGAGGCGUAUUCUUGGUCAUGUUAAUGGGAAUAUGUUUAUCAGCUUGCAUGGGAGUUGUGGAAUUUUUAUGGUUCCAGAGAAAACUACAAAAAACAUCUCAGGAGUCUGUGUUUAAACUUUUGAUGAAAGAAAUCAAGUAUGCUGUGACCUGUGGCAGUUCAUCUAAAGCUGCUCCAAAAUUAAAGAAGAAAAACAGCAAGGAAACAGAAGAAGAAGUUACAAAGACAUUACCUGGUUAUAACUCAUUUUAUUGAUCAUCCAAAUAAAUAAAUUCCCUUUUAUUGUUUUAUAUGAGAUUUUUUAACACUUUUUUCCUAAUGGAUUGCUUAUAUGACUGAGUAGUGUAGACAUUUUUUCACAAAAUAAUAAAAACCACACCCUUUUUA